UUUUCCUAGUUCGCCUCAGUUUCUCUCGAGUGAUGGGAGAAUAAGUACACGCCAGUCGAACCGUUUAGACUUAUCUGUGAAUGUGGCGAAUACAAAGUCAGUAGUUUAUUUAAUCUUUGGCUUCCAAUCAUCGACUACGCACUAGAUGUCAACAACGACGUCCUUGAGUUUUGCAGACUUGCUUUGGCUGUAGAACUUAGAUUCGUAACAAAGCAAAACACGAAAAAAGAAAAAGAAAAAGCGUCAUCAUAGCCAUGACCGAUCAUCAACGGUGGGCAAGAAUAAACAUGGAGCUACGGAUCGAGCUUCCCAACGGAACACAUGCGAUGGCCUGGAGGAAUUUUAUCAUCACCCUUUAUGACCAGAUUGAACAUUGGAUGGACCAGCGGCGCCGGGAAAUCAGGUAUACCAUGUGGGACUUCUGCGUCAUACAUUCGCAAAACAGACGGGACCGUGAGGCAGCUACCGCGUUCAAGCGACUCCUGGAAACAACAUUAGGCAUCGUAGGAAGAACCUUUCAGGACAUCGAGUUGGGCGAAAACACACUCGAGGCGGCGUCGGAGAUGGUGACGGGCAGCACCAAAGUGUUCAUCAUCGUCAGCAAAUACUUAGAUCUUCCAGAUUUUCCAAAGUUUAUUUUCCAGUCCGCCCUCAUGGCGCAGCUGCACCAGCCCGACUGGAGGAGAAAGCUGGUGCCCGUAUACCUGCCCGGGAAUAGGGACAACCCGCCCUUACUCCUCGCUGGCCUGCAAGGAUUCACGCUGGGCGAUGACCCUCGCACGGUGGAACUCGUGAAUGGUGUUAUCCCGGUGGACGACCAGCUCCGCGUACAUCAGCAGCGAAGGCGGACCGAGGCAAACCUCCUGGAGGAGCUGCGACAGGGGAAGGACGAGCGCCUGAAUCAGAUCCGUGAGGUGGUGGCUCAGUUACGGGAGCAAUUCGGGGAAAACCACGACCCCACGAGAGCUGUGGGUCAGAUCAGUGAGCAACUGAGAUCAGCUGUCUACGACGCGAGCUGCAGUGGAGUGAAUCAGAUCGUCAACGUCUCCCAGAGCGCCUCCGUCAGCGUGGGUCCUUCCUUUCAUAUCGCGGUCCACGUGCAGGACACCCCGGCCUCAUCGCGACCCGGGACGCCCUUCAGCGACGAUGAUUUCUACAGCUGCUCUGAAUCCACAUCUUCAUACAGUUAAUGCUUUCUCUUAGCUUCCUUUUUUUUCUGCAUUGCUCUCCUUUUUUUCUCUCUCUCUUAUUUUCUCCCUUUCGUUUGUAAUGAUGUGUUCGUAUCGUGUUUUGAUUGCCAUUUACCUGUGAUUAAUUACAUUGUUGUCUUUAAUGAAGACCUACUUACUAGGGUUGUGUCCACGUACAGGCGACUGUACUUAAGUCCAAGUACCUGGAUAUUUUUCAUGUACAAGUGCAGUCACUUUGUUAUGUACAUAAGUCCAAGUCCAAGUACAUGUCAUUGUACUUAAGUACAAGUACAAGCACUCUCUUAAAGCACGAAAGUUAGUAGUUUUCGUAUAUACACAAUUAAUAUACUAUUAAAAAGUGGGAUUCGAUAUAGAAAAGUAUAUGGAAAUUCUUCAUGAAUUCUAGCACUUCGUUUAUCACAGAAUUACAAAACAAGAACACAUACUUCAUGAGCAACUUGAAUAAAUAACAUUCCCUAUGCUGCAAAUGCAAAUGACUAUCUAUAUAUUUCUCAUAUCAGUAAUAGAUUAAAAUUUGUUGUAGAAAAUAAGGGUAUCAGGGCAAUAAAACUUGUCCCUUGUUCUAUACUAAUAAAAUAGUUUUAUGACUAAAAGUAACAGAUACAUGCAGAUGAUUUUAUUGAACAUCAAUUUGUUUAAUUGUCCUUUUGUGACUUUUCCUGUAGUACAAAAGUAAUCAUAGAACAACUUCAUAAAAUAUAGAUGAAUGUUUUUGUUGCCAGUAGAAUUCAAAAUAUGAUUUGACAAAUCUUAGUUGCACUUUUGCUAGUUUUUGUCAGUAAGACCACAUCUGUCAGGCUUAAACACUUUUCCAGCAAUGCUGAAAUGCCUUUCAACGGGAGCAGAGGGUGCAGGUACUGCCAAAUAUUUCAUAUGUUUGUGUUGGUUGGAAGCUACAUCCUUGGAGCAGAAGAGUUUCGCUUUGCAAUGUUUACACUCAAAAUUCCCAGCUUUAUUGUCGGGUUCAGUAAAGUGGUCCCAGAUUCAUGAAGUCUUGUUGCCUCCUGCUUGUCUGCUGUGAGCGAUACCGACUACCGAGGUGAAAGAGUGGAGAGUGGAGUGUGACAGAAAUAAACGCGUUCACGCUUCUUAAAUAAUGAGGCGCUGUACUGGCCCUGUACUGCAACAUGCUACCAAUUGAGAAAAUACUACUUGAUUAUGCUCAUUUACCCUAUAUCACACUACAUCAUCAUAACAUCCAAUGGACGUAUUUACCCAAAAGUAUCAUCACACAUUAUAUAUCAUAACUUUUACUUAACUAUAAUAUACAUGUUUGUGUUCGAAUGUACUUGUUAUUUUUUAAAGUACCUUGGGUCUAAGUACAAGUACAACUACCAAUGAUUUUUUAAACACCAAGUACAAGUACAUAAAAAUCUGUAUUUAUUCCAAGUACACGUACAUAUCCUUGGACCCAUCCCUGCUUCUUACUGUACCGCAGAUUCUCCAAUAAAGACACAAAAGUAAAUA